UGGAUCCCCGCUGCGUGAUUUGAUUGGCGCGCGGCGCAGGUCGCUACAUUGAUAAGCAAGAGCUGUUUACUACUUUUCAUUUUUUUAAUCAACAUUUUGCAGUUGUUUACGCUGCUUAUUAAAAGGUUUCAAUAACACGUUGCAUCACCAUGUGGACCUUUUUAGCUGUUGCCGUGUUGGUCGGCUGUGCUGCAGCUUCACCUUUUGCAGAGAGGACGGUUCCUGAUUUUGGACAAAUGUACCAUAUAAAAGGUGUGAUCUCAUUGCCCUAUGCUGAAAUCAAGGAACCAUUUGAAGGCUGGUAUGAUCUACAGGGGAAAAGAAGCAGAAUUGACUAUUACCAAGGACAAGUCUCCACUUUUCAGCUCAGCGCAGCAGGGGAUCAAGGUGUCAGCUACAAAAUCACACCGGUGACAACUGAGACUGAAUUUAAUGCCAAGAAAUGCUUCCAAGUCAAUGGCACCAAGGAGGAUCCGGUUCUGCCUCAGCCUGUGCUGCCUGACCUAAAGGGCUUUCAGUUUGAACAAAUGGAAUUCUUUGCUGGCCUUUGGUGUGAGGUGUGGAAGAAUGUCACUGUUGUUGGCCACAAAAAGAGCACUUACCGUCUCUGGGUGGCCAAACCAGAAGGUGGGGCAUCACUGGCCAAACCUUACCAUUAUGAAAUGAUGGGCUACAACACACUUCUGGGUUCCCACUAUGACAAAUACCUCAUUGACUACAGUGAAUUCAGCCCUGAAACUGAUCCUAAAGACUUCAAUCUGCCAGCAGGCAUGAGCUGUGGACCCUUUCCUGGUCCAGGAGUGGAGCACAGAAUACUAGCCAAUCCCAUUCAAGACCUGAUUCAUACGUCUCCUGUGGGCCAUGUCCAUCGAUUAUUUGGGCACUUUAAGGAAAAAUAUGAGCGUGACUAUGAAGAUGAUGUGGAACAUGAAAAGCGAGAACACAACUUUGUACAUAAUGUUCGGUAUAUUCACUCCAGGAACAGAGCAGGACUGUCCUAUUCCCUCUCAGUGAAUCACCUUGCUGAUCGUACAGAGAAGGAACUGGCAAUGAUGAGAGGUGGGAAACAGAGAAAGACCCUUAACAAAGCUCAACCUUUCCCGACUGAACUCCGUUCACUUAAUCUGCCUGAUUCCUUGGACUGGCGGCUGUAUGGUGCUGUGACCCCUGUAAAAGACCAAGCUGUGUGUGGGUCCUGCUGGAGUUUUGCAGCAACCGGGGCACUCGAAGGAGCUUUGUUUCUGAAGACAGGGGAGCGUGUGGUGUUGUCUCAACAGAUGCUAGUGGACUGUACAUGGGGCUUUGGGAACAAUGGCUGUGAUGGAGGAGAGGAGUGGAGAGCAUAUGAAUGGAUCAUGAAACAUGGUGGCAUCUCAACUGCAGAGAGUUAUGGUGGAUACACUGGCAUGAAUGGCCUUUGCCACUAUAAUACAUCCUCUCUAACUGCCCAUGUGAAAAGCUACACCAAUGUCACCAGUGGAGAUUUGGAGGCACUGAAGGCUGCGCUGUACAAAUAUGGUCCUAAUGCAGUCAGCAUCGAUGCUGCUCACCGCUCCUUUAGCUUCUACAGUGAUGGCGUGUAUUAUGAACCAGACUGCAAGAACGGGCCAGAUGACUUGGACCAUGCUGUUCUGGCAGUGGGGUAUGGGGUACUGGGUGGACAGCCUUACUGGUUGGUAAAGAACUCGUGGUCCACUUACUGGGGUAAUGAUGGUUAUGUGCUUAUGUCCAUGAAGGACAACAACUGUGGUGUGGCAACAGGGGCCACAUAUGUUACACUGUCAUAAUGGACAUUUUCUGAGUAUUUUUCUUUAUUGAUAAACCAUCAAUAUUACAAACCAGUGUUGAUUUUAUGCUGACCACAUGGUGUCACUAAAGAUAAACAUUUUUUUUAGAGCACACAGAUUUUUUUUUUUUCCCCGCCCCAUUUGGAAUUUCUGUCUUUAAACCAGUUGCACUAACAUUACAAAUGAUUUGUAUGCUUUUCACUUGGAACAGUUAACAGGUGUACCACUGUUUGUUAUGCAUCCUUAUUGCACAUACUCUGAUUGGUGGCAGAAUUUUCCAUGAAUUUUUUUUUUUUUUUUGACUGUAUCUGUGGCAUGCAUGUGUUUUUUUUUGUAUAUAUCUAAUUAGCCAGUAGAUGUAUUUUUGUCCCGGCCCAGAUACCGUCUUUUUUUUUUUUUUUUUUUGUUUUUAUUUUACAGCUCUGCCAAACAAUGUAUGCAAGUGGUGUGAUAAUAUUGGUGCUUCUUAAUCAUAAUUUGUAGCAGCUACAGUAAAAGCUAAUGUGGCAUUGGCUCAGUGGCAAAAGUCCUGUGAUACUUCAGAAGGCUGUAAGUUUAAAUCACAACACCACUAAGCUCCCACUGAAGGGCCCAUGAGUAAGGCAUCUGUCUGCUCCAAGGUGCUACUACCAAGCUGGAAUAUGCAAAAAAAAUAUUUGUUUCUUUUUGUUGAAUGGCAAAAAAAUAAAACAAAACAAAAAACACAAAAGAAGAUGCAAGAAUGCUUGCCUUGACACAUUUUGUAAAAAAAAAAAUUUGUUUCAGAAAAAUUAACAUUUAUUCUACCAUAACAUAUUUACUUAGCUGGCAUUUGAUGGGAAAUGCUGUAUAACAUCUGUACAAAAUCUCCACUUGGGUGUUCAACUGGGUGCAGAUGUGAUAACUAGUGAAUAAUCUUCAUACUCACCAAGCUAUUAAAGCUUUGUUUGUAUGGGAAAAGUUUCAAGGAAGAAGACUCCUGGAAAAAACUGCUCUUAACUUAAGAUAGAAAUGAGCCAUUAUAGGAUAAAGGUGAACAGACAAUCUUUGUAUAACUAGUGGACAGGUGAAUCUAAUCAUGCCAAGAAAGUCCCCCAAAAGCACAUCAAAACCAUUUUUCCCUUUUCAUUGAUCACCCAUCUGUAUGUAACAAGCUCUUCAAAAACAAUACAAGAGCAAAUGAUUGUUUUAUAUGGAAAAAAAAUAUAAAAGUGAAAGGCA